CAUUGUCUGUUUUAUAUACCUCGGUCACAAGUAGACAAUUAACGUGUAAAUAUUUGCGCAUGAUAACGCCUGCGAGCGAGAUUUUCCCACGAUUACCAACACACACGGAAGAGAUAAGUGGUUGUGAGUAUGCACGAUGUGGCCAAACCAUUCUUGACCGUCACAAGAACAACUUGCUCCCGCCAAUAUUUUCAAUAACUUCAAUUCUACCUUAAUUUUUAUCAUGGGACUCGAGAAUUUACGAAAAGAAGAUGAAUUAAAGUCACCUGAAAGACGAAAGGCAAAAAAGCCCCUUAUUGAGAAGCAGAGAAGACGACGUAUUAAUGAAAGUUUGAACGAAUUAAAGGUUCUCGUCCUUCAAGCUUUAAACAAAGAUCCUUCGCUUUAUUCAAAAAUGGAAAAGGCGGAUAUCUUGGAUCUAACAGUCAACUAUUUAAAGUCUGUAAAAUGCGAACCAGGUUUUCUUCGAGAUGCAACAUCACUUGCAAAAUACCGCGCUGGAUAUAACGACUGUGCCGGAGAAAUGACCCGGUAUCUAAUGUCCGACACGGGAUUAGACUAUCACAGCAGGGCAAAGUUACUCUCCCAAGUUGCUUCUUAUUGUCAAAACGCAAAUCUACGUACAACUGCUGACAUGAACACCAGGUCACCACAGGCUCCGCUAUAUAUAAGACCCUUAGGGACCCCCAUUUCCCCUCCUACCACUUUACCAUCAUCUAUACCUAUAUAUCCUGCCAACUACAACACAAGUGAAAGCAAACGCACCUUUCCUUCACCAUCUACGGGAACUGGAGAGCAGGCAAAUUUCUGUCGAUAUCUAAUGACGCCAUCAACUGUGAGGCCAUUUGGCGGUCUGGGUCCUAGCACUUCCGGAGUCUGGAGACCUUGGUAGAAUGAUAGAAUCUUCAAGUGAAGGGAUUUAACUGAACAUUUGCUAAAAUAUAUAAGAAACGCGGGAAACAGACUGCAGUAAUUUUUUAAGAUAUAUAUUUUUGUAAUUUAUUUCUAUAUGAAGAAUGACAUGCGUUAACAUAGUUAACAAAAUUUGAUUGUAAAUAGAACGAGACUUAACUAAAGUAUUUUUAUAAAACUAUUAUUAUUAUCAUUUACUAUGAAUGAGGGAUGUAAAAUAAAUUCUAUGAC